CGCCACUCGAUGGCAGACAGCGCGGCGGCCGGGGCUCCGGGGGCCGCCAUGUUGGACGCUCAGGAUUCCAGCCAUGGUUGCCAAGGCCCGAAUCCGAGCGAGAACUCGACCGGCUGCCCCGCGCACAUGUUGGAAGUGCGGCCGGGGCUGUACCUGGGUGGGGCCGCGGCCGUGGCGAAGUCAGACCAGCUCGGGGCGGCGGGGAUUACGGCCGUGCUGACGGUGGACUCGGAGGAGCCCUGUUUCACGGCAGGGGCUGGAGUCGAGGGUCUGCGGAGCCUCUUCGUGCCGGUGCUGGAUAAACCCGAGACCGACCUGCUCAGCCACCUGGACCGGUGCGUGGCCUUCAUCGGCCAGGCCCGCUCGGAGGGCCGUGCGGUGUUGGUGCACUGUCAUGCAGGAGUCAGUCGCAGUGUGGCUGUAGUGACGGCUUUCGUGAUGAAGACGGACCAGCUCAGCUUUGAGGAAGCCUACGAGAACCUCCGAACCAUCCAGCCAGCGGCCCAGAUGAAUGAAGGGUUUCAAUGGCAACUGAAAUUGUACCAGGCCAUGGGGUAUGAGGUGGACACCUCUAGUACAAUUUAUAAGCAAUAUCGUUUGCAGAAGGUUACAGAGAAGUACCCAGAAUUACAGAAUUUACCUCAAGAACUGUUUGCUGUUGAUCCAACCACUGUCUCACAAGGAUUGAAAGAUGAGAUUCACUACAAGUGUAGAAAGUGCAGGCGAUCCUUAUUUCGAAGCUCUAGUAUUUUGGAUCAUAGUGAAGGAAGUGGACCUAUGGCUUUUGCUCACAAGAGAAUGGCACCAACAUUCAUGGUUGCCACGGGGACUCAGUGUACAUCCUACUUCAUUGAACCUGUACAAUGGAUGGAAUCUGCUUUGUUGGGAGUGAUGGAUGGGCAGCUUCUCUGUCCAAAAUGCAGUGCCAAGUUGGGUUCCUUCAACUGGUAUGGUGAACAGUGCUCAUGUGGAAGAUGGAUUACACCUGCUUUCCAAAUACAUAAAAACAGAGUGGAUGAAAAGAAAAUACUGCCGGUUUUGGGAUCACUAACAAGAAAAGUGUGAAUGUAUGACAUUUGUGAGCUUGGGAAGAAGCUUCGUGAAGAUAAUAUUCUGUCCCUGUUUUAAUCACUCAUGUCAGGUUGUCUAGUUUGUAAGCCAUCAGCAUUUCAGUGGCAGUGUGAAAGGGGAAAAAAAUCACUUGAUGUAACCGGGAAACUGCCCUGCUACUAGCUUAUUGCAUGAUAUAAGUAGAUUACAUAGUAAUCAAACCUUUUUUGCCAUAUACAUUUGUUACUAAAAUAUUUUAUAAUACAAAUACUUCAUUUAACAUAUUUUUAGACAAAUGUCUCAUCUGUUGAUUCACUUUUCAGAUGUUGUAGGCAGAGGCUAGGAUGAAAUUAAGAGCUAGAAAGAAACUCAGUUCAUGUCUCCCAUAUGAGUGGCAGGAGCCUGACAGCUGGAGCCAUAACCUGCCUUAGCCUGUAUUUGCAGGAAGCUGGAAUAGGAAGUUCAGCUGUCACUUGAAUUCAGGCACUCUGAAAUGGGAUAUGGAGUUGGAGGUUUUUUAGAGCAUUUUUACUGCGCCAAAUGCCUGCUCUUAAACUUAAUCUUUGAAUUACAUUUUUUCCAUGAACUUGUUGAAGUCCCUCAUAGUUUUGAGAUUUUUCUUUCUUUUAAGAGAAACUGGAAAACCUAUUUAUGUCUGGAUUUUUCUUAAAAUAUAAAAGGUCAUCAAUAAGACUGAUUAGGAUGUUUUUCCUGUUACUGUUCAGGAGUCCUACUUGUUCGUAUUGUUUUCUGUUUCAUUUUUGAGAAAGGUCGGGUGAAA